CCAAACACCUUGUUGAAUCUAUGCCAUGAAGAGUGAAGGCAGUUCUGAAGGCAAAAGGGGGUCCAACCCAGUACUAGCAAGGUGUACCUAAUAAAGUGGCCAGUGAGUGUAGAUCAGUGAACUCGCCUUUAUGAUGUCAUGGGAGAGUCUCAGAAUGUUGAUAUGGUUUAUCCAAGAAAAUGAUUUUUUUGCCAGGCUUUUGAAAAAAAGUCUCUUAAAGAGAUGAGGAACUAAAUCUAGUGACAUAAUCACUAAAUUGGCAACAUUGGCAUAUACGCCUUAUUCACCCCGUCGCCAUUUUGAUUCGAAAACGAGAGUGUGAGGGUAAACAGGAAAAAACAACAACUAAACAUGGCUGUGUGGACUACGAACCUGUCAUAUCUUCCUCCUCUUACGCUCAAUGUUGUGGAGUCAUGGGCGGACGAAGGAUCAAAAAUUCCCAGAUCUAUCCUCCUGAAGGGUUACAGCAACUGGAUCGAGGGUUAUAUCCACGAUGUUGAAGGUGGAGCUGUCUUCAGAAAACCCAUUUAUCCGAGACACCCAAUGCACUUGUAAAGCAGGACUGGGGCACUGUAACCAUUUACUGGGACUACUAUACACACUGGCUCACUACCUAAAAAUGGAACAUAAAUCUGUACCACCAAGAACAAGUAAAACCUCUUUGCCUCAAACAUGGCAUGUGCCAUCAAGAACAUUAGGACUAAAGCCAAAGCCAAUCAGCACAGUAUCGGUUUCCAAAGUAAAACCACCAAAUAGUAGCACCCUUAGAGUAAACCGCACAAGUGAGGGAAUUCUCCCAAAUGUUUACUGCCUAGUCCCUGUCCCAUUGCCCUGUGGUGAAUUUGAAGAGAAUCUGAGGAACCUAAAAGCAUCAGGCAGCAGAAGCCACAUGUUUAAAUUAUUAACCGCCAGUAACCAACAAAAAAAACUUGUCACCACAGAGUUCGGCAACUUACCUUUAGGGUCUAUUUUAUCCUACCAGUUACCCCAGCAGACUGUGUCCUUUGAAGAGCACCCUACACUGCCUCUUCCUACACAACCAUGCUCCUACGCAACUGUAUUAAACCAGGAAUAACAUGAUUUCUAUGGAGGUCUGAUAAUUACACCAGAAGAUUCACUACACCUGGAAAGUGGAACCAGGGACCAAAGCAGCAUCACUUGGCAUCGGCUACGCGCAGAGAGCAUCACAUCAACAUCUUUUAAGCGGGUCUGUUCUAGAGUUAAAGACUUUGAAAAGUUAGCUGCUGACAUGACUGCAAAACAAGCCAUUCAGACCAAAGCUAUGAAAAGAGGCAUACAACUUGAGCCUGUUGCUGCUGCAGAAUAUGAAAAACUCACUGGAAACAAAUUGUUCCCUUUCGAUACUUCACUCAUACUGCGUAUGGGGAAAAGCUCCUUUUUCCUCGAUACUGAAGCCUUUUUCAAAAACGCAGUGCAACUGCACUGCCAUUGGUUUAAUAUGUAAACUUUUUUAAACCAAUGACAGCGCUGCGUAGCUGCGCGAGCCUGUGGCGAUGCAGUGCGCCAAAUGGCUAUAUAAGCAGGCAAAUCGCCAGAGGAAAUCAGAUCUUACUCCUUCAGCGACGACUUCACGUCGCUGGAUCUUUGCUGAACGCCUUCGCCUGGAACGAGCUCUCGCCAUCGAAGAGGCACGGCAGCGGACCAGCUGAGACCGCCGACCGCCUGCAGCGCCGGCGUUCUCGCAGACAGCCGCUCUUAGCGCCGAUCUCGGGCCGCCCGCUUCCCGCUUCCGGCCGCUUCUCAUCGAUCUCCUGCCGCCAUCCAGCGAUCACAAAAGAGCUUUUUCCAGCGGUUUUCACCGCUCUUAAAGAGCGUUUCUAACGCCGUUUUAAUGCCGGCGGCCAAGCCGCGCCACAGCUGUGGCACAUGCAGAGCCCCUCUGCAUGAUGAUGACGGCCAUGGUGAGUGUGUUUUCUGCCUGGGUAAACCCCACGCUGAGGCUGCACUCACUGAGACCUCAUGCUGCUUUUGUGAGAGCAUGAGUCUCGCCUCUCUGCGCUCGCGGAUCGCUUUCUUUAAUGAAAGCGAUCCCGCCCCUCGCGCCCCCCGUCUUUUUCCUCCCGCGAGCCGGCCAGGAAAAGACAGCGGGGAAGAGGGGCUCAGAGCCCGGAUUUGGGUGAGCACCCGCACCUGCGUGCCUCAUCCUCGCCAAUGAGAGAGCCGUCCCCUGUCCUCUUCUCACGCCCUGAGCAGCGUCCCUCGGCUGAAGCGAGCGACCUUGUCUCUUUUGGCGGAUCGGAGGACGAGCCGCUUGACGACUCCAUGUCACUCGCGGCUUCUGAAACAGAAGACUGGGCCGGUGAUUCUGACCCCGCCCACUUGCCGUCACUAGAGCCCAUCGACGCCAAAGCUGGGAUGGAUGCCGAGCUUCUCCGCAUCCUCUUCAAGGCCGUUGAGGAACUCCAUCUGGAGUGGGCCCCCCCUGAAGAGCCGACACGCGGCAGGCUGGAUGAGUGGUACCUGCCAGGACCCCAACAGGCACCCCGCCAGCGCUCUGCCCCAUUCUUCCCUGAGGUUCAUGAUGAGCUGACGAAGUCAUGGCGCACCCCCUACUCGGCCCGCCUACGCACUUCCUCUGCAGCUCUCAGCUCAGUAGACGGCUCUCAGGAGAAGGGCUAUGAGCAAUUGCCAGCCCUGGACGAGGCCGUGGCUGCUCACCUCUGCUCCCCCGCGGCUGUGGGGUGGAAAAGCAAGAGAGCCCUUCCUUCCAAGCCCUGCAGGACGACCUCUGCCAUGGCUGGCAGAGCCUACACUUCUGCGGGCCAAGCCGUUUCAGCACUACACGCCAUGGCCAUAUUGCAAGUGUUCCAGGCAAAGCUUCUCCGUUCCCUGGAUGAGUCUAGCCCUAGUGAACCUGCUUUUCGCGACCUCCGCAGCGCCACAGAUUUGGCCCUGCGCGCCACGAAAGCCACGGCCCAGGCCAUCGGACGAUCCAUGGCCAACCUGGUUGUGCUGGAGCGCCACCUCUGGCUCAACCUAACAGAGAUUAAUGAGAGCGACAAAGUGGCCUUUCUCGAUGCCCCAGUCUCUCCAUCCGGUCUCUUCGGGCCAGCCGUAGAAGGGUUUACAGAGCGCUUCACUGCAGCACAGAAGUCGUCCCAGGCCAUGCGACACUUCCUGCCCAAGCGCUCCACCACUGCCCCGAGUCGCCCCAGGACUGCGCCGACUCAGCACCAGAGCAAACCUGUCCCUUCUACCCCCCAGGCGGCGCCUUCUAAGGAGCAGCACCCAGCUCGCCCCACUAAGCGCGCUAAACCGCCUAGAUGUCAGGGCCCCCGGCAAAGGAUUGUGCUGUACAAGACGCCCUCUAAAUCCUCCUGAACGUUGGGGAAGAAAGAGGAAGGGGCAAAGUCCCGCCACGGCCGGACCACCCCAGAAGCUCUCUCGCCUGCCUGCUAUGCGACCUGGGCCCACCGUUGUUGCGUCCACGCAAAGCGACAUUGUUAUGGCAAACACAAUAAAUAUUUCACAUUUUCAAAAAGAGAGCAGUUUUCCCUCUUCCACACUCGUCAGUGUUCAGGCCCCUAAUCAGCGGCCUGCCAUCCGACACUAUCCAGCCUCUUGUCACGCGGGCCGAGGCCUGGCAGGCCAUCCCCGGAGUGUUCAAGUGGGUGUUGGGGAUAAUAAAACAUGGCUACUCACUGCAGUUCGCCCGAAGACCCCCGGGUUUUCGCGGGGUGAUUCCCACCAUGGUAGAGCCGGACGACGCUCAGGUCCUCCGCACCGAAGUGAUGACGCUGUUAAGGAAGGGAGCCAUAGAGAUGAAGAAAGCGGAUCGGGGUUCUACAGCCGUUAUUUCCUUGUCCCCAAGAAAGAUGGUGGUCUCAGACCCAUCUUAGACUUCAGACACCUGAACCUCUCCCUCAUGAAACGGAAGUUCAGGAUGUUGACAUUGAAGCAGAUCCUCACGCAGAU